GGAUUUUUCACGAUGUGUUUUGUUGAUCGAGGGACGGGGAUUGUGUGAAACGAGGCGAAGAUAAUUUACUUUGGCUUCAAGGGUCUCAUGCUUCAAGGAGAAAGGAAUAAACUGCAUCGGAUGUGAGCUUAUAUCAACAUCUCACACGAAAAGGCAAACAAACCAAGAUCCGUCCUGCCCUCGGCGCUACAAGGACAUCACCCUACUGACACCUCCCCUUGGCGCACGGACCUCGCGCCUCUGUCGACGAGCAGCUUGGGGGCUUUUGGACCCUCUUCCGCCUCAUUUCCUAAUUUUGACUUGGAUAUUUUGUGCAGUCGACGCCAACGGACACCGCCACCAUGCCGCCAACCAGCUCAGAAGCACCAUCUCAUCGCUUCUCUCAUCUCGACCAGAGAUCAGCUGCAGACACUCAAGAAAGCUCUCCUGUUGACGGUAAUCAUGAUCCGCGCAGACAAUCAACCAGUUUCGACCGGCCAAACCCAUACGCUCAGCGGGACCUAUGUGCUGUUCCAAAUCAGUCGCAAUUCACAAACCUUCGUCAUCAGCCAUACUUGCAGCAAGACCGAUCAGGCUCCUUUGAGGAACCACUCUAUGAAACCCCACGGCCAGGCCGCAACGUAGGCUACGAAGAUGCUGAACCGUAUGGGUACGAACAGCACGACGGUACGAUAUGGUCCGAGCGCCCAUCGUAUUCCGCUCCUUAUGAUAGCGACAUCAAAGCACCUCUGGACCCUGCCCCUUACACACCCGACCUGGAAGCAGACGGAAUGGCCCUCAAGGAGAAAAAGGUGCAUGCAACGGAAGUCAUGGCGACGACAAAUGCUCGACGAUGGUGGAUCAGAAUCACAUGGAUGUUGACCUGGUGGAUCCCUUCGUUCUUGCUGGUUCAUCUUGGAAGGAUGAAGCGAGCGGAUGUGAGGAUGGCCUGGAGAGAGAAACUGGCAAUCUUCAUGAUGAUCUGUUUGUCCUGCGCGGUUGUCUUGUUCUACAUCAUCUUUUUCGGGAAGCUGCUCUGUCCGGAUAGCGACAAAGCUUGGAAUGAGACGGAACUGGCAACGCAUCAAGGUGACGAUGAUUACUAUGCUGCUAUUGCCGGAAAAGUCUACGACUUCACAAAUUUUUACAAAGCUCAACACUCUGACUUGUCCUCAUAUACAACUUCAUCUGCUCUUAUGCUCGAAUUCGCUGGUCAAGAUCUGACCAACUACUUUCCCAUGCCGAUGACUGUUGCAUGUCCCAAUCUCGUCACUUCUACCGACCUUACACUGAUGUACUCCAACUUUACACCCAUCGUCCAGUACGCAGUGCAUACGUCGGGCCCGUUGCAGACAGAUCAGGACACUAAGCUAAACGAUAUCAACUGGUACACUGACACCCUGAAUCCCGCUCUGGAAGAGUACUACAAGGGAUACUAUGUUUUUGACAAGUCUUCUAUAGCAUCUGGCGCUGAUUCGGACAGCAAAUAUUGGGCCAUUUACAAUAAUAAAGUCUAUGAUUUGAGCAACUACAUCUAUACCGUAUCAUACUACUCGUCGUCAUCCGGGACCGAUCUUCCCAACUAUUCUUUCCUCAACUCUGAUAUUUCUGAUUUGUUUCAGACAUCUGCCGGGCAAGAUAUCACAAAGGAUAUGGACGAAAAGCUUUCUGCUUUAACGGCCGAAGAUGCAGCAAACCAGAUGACCUGUUUGAACAAUGCGUUCUACCUCGGAGAGUUGGACUUCAGAAAGACGCCCAAGUGUACUGUUCAGAAUUAUCUGCUGUUAGCGUUCAGUAUCAUUCUCAUCGCUACCAUCGCUUCCAAAUUCCUUGCGGCUUUGCAACUCGGAUCCAAACGUCAGCCUGAACUGCUCGAUAAAUUUGUCAUUUGCCAAGUACCUUGCUAUACUGAAGGUGAAGAAUCACUCAAGCGCACAAUCGACUCUCUUGCGGCUCUCAAUUAUGACGACAAGCGCAAGCUCAUCUUUAUCAUUUGUGAUGGAAACAUUGUCGGUAGCGGGAAUAACCGACCGACACCUAGGAUCGUGCUUGAUCUGCUGGGUGUAGACGAUAAGCUUGAGGCGGAACCUUUAUUAUUCAAAAGUAUCGGUGAAGGAAGUAAACAGUUGAACUAUGGCAAAGUGUAUUCCGGGCUAUACGAGUUUGAAGGGCACGUCGUUCCGUAUAUUGUUGUUGUUAAAGUCGGCAAACCUAGUGAAAUUUCCAAGCCCGGUAACAGAGGAAAACGUGAUUCCCAAGUUUUAUUGAUGCAAUAUCUCAACCGAGUCCAUUUCGACGCCCCCAUGACGCCGCUUGAGUUGGAGAUUUACCACCAGAUGCGCAAUGUCAUAGGUAUAGAUCCAGCGUUCUACGAGUAUAUUUUCCAGGUCGACGCCGAUACGAGUGUGGCUCCCGAUUCGCUCAACAGGCUUAUUGCUUGUACGGCAGACGAUCAACAAAUUAUCGGUAUCUGCGGUGAAACAAAGCUUGCCAAUGAGAAUGAGAGCUUGACUACUAUGAUUCAGGUCUAUGAAUACUACAUCUCCCACCACCUUACGAAAGCUUUUGAGUCCCUUUUCGGCAGCGUCACUUGUCUUCCUGGCUGUUUUUCAGUUUACCGCAUCCGUACAGCAGAAGGUGGUCGGCCAGUGAUCAUCUCCUCAGUCGUCAUUGAUGAAUACGCCGAGCCCAAUGUCGAUACGCUGCAUAAAAAGAACCUUUUCUCACUGGGUGAAGAUCGAUACCUAACGACGUUGAUGAUGAAAAACUUCCCCACUUUCAAGAUGAAGUUUACACCUGACGCUAUCGCAUACACGGUAGCUCCCUCGAAAUGGUCGGUACUACUUUCGCAAAGACGAAGAUGGAUCAACUCCACGAUCCAUAACCUUGUAGAACUGUUGUUCUUGCCAGAGAUGUGUGGAUUUUGUCUCUUCUCGAUGAGAUGGGUCGUUUUCCUGGAUUUACUUGGUACGAUCAUCCUGCCGGCCACGUGUGGUUAUCUUAUCUAUCUUGUCAUUGUCGUAUCUACGGGUAAGGCGGCGAUUCCAGUUAUAUCGCUGGCAAUGAUUGGAGCAACCUACGGUCUUCAAGCAUUGAUUUUUAUCCUGAAACGUGAAUUUAUGCUUAUUGGCUGGAUGCUCGUCUAUAUUCUCGCUUUCCCUGUUUGGUCCGUGUUUUUACCCAUCUAUUCAUUCUGGUCGAUGGAUGACUUCAGUUGGGGCAAUACUCGUAAAGUGAUUGGCGAAGGCAACCAGAAGACCGUCGUCAUUGACGAUGACGAACCGUUCAACGAAGGGAUGAUUCCUUAUCGGACCUUCAAAGAGUACGAAUGGAAUGCUUGGGAAGCAGCAUCACUUCACUCCGAGUCUCCAGUUCCUUCCGAAAAGUCUCAACGUACGACUCAAACAGGUCAAUCCUAUCGGCCACAUCUCCACCCUAAUCGCUCACGUUCUUUCCGUUCAUCGGCCUCAGAAUUGCCACCUGGGGCUGAUUACUGGCGAGACUCUUCCCCGCUUGGAAUGGGUCAUGAAUCAGGAAGAUUACAUCAGGUAUCGAGCGACCCAAGCAUGAGGGGUGAUAAAUCAUUCAGCAAAGGAAGGAAGCCAAAAGUGGAGAGGGUGCAGAGCAUGGCAGGCAUGUCGAUGUGGGGUUCUGGCUCAGUGUACGACCCAUUCAAGCAGGCCAUGGGCGGCCCAGGUUUCCUCCAUCCAAUGAUGACCGGUAACUCGCUCGCUUCACAAGCGACCUUCUACCCACCUCAAACUCAGUAUCCAAUGUCAAUGUACGGAUCUCCCAUGAUGAUGACCAUGGGCUUGCCUAUGAUGGGACUGCAACAUACUGGUAAUGCCAGCAUAGCCGGAGGGGUAGCUGGACCGAGGGGUACUAUGAUGGCUAUGGGGAUGGGUGACCAGAGUCGUAUGAGUUCAUUCAGCAUGGGCGGGCCUAUGGCGGAAAGCGGUGCCGGUAGGCUGGCCGGACUGAGUAUCAACGAGGAGAAGGAAGUGCAAGAUGAGGAGGUUUUGGAUAAGUUGAAAGCUUGGUUAAGCAAACAGGAUCUCAUGAGCGUGACGAAGAGGCAGACCAGAGAAGCCAUAUACACACUCUUCCCCAAUGCCGGUCUUCAAAGCCGGGCAGGAUGGCUGAACGAACAGAUUGAUAGGAUCUUGCGCGAAUCAUGAUUCCUUCCUCAUCACGGAUUUUUGACACAUUUGGUGGUUCAGACGUAAUUUAUGUAUUGUAAAAACGUAGUUUACCGCAUUUUAGAAAAGCAUAGCAACUAUUGUUCAAGACGUGACAACCUCAUAUGAAAAGGACUUUUUUUGCCUCAUCUUUUUAACUUCUCAUGUAUUUAAAUUUGGUUCAAA